CUCUGUUCAAGUUGCUCCUUGUCAGAGAUGCGUCGCGUUCUGUGUUGGCAACCUAGCGACUGUGGUCUUAAAUUAUUAGCUCCUCUGGACACAAGCCUAAAACAAUCCUGCACUCUAUUUCAGACCAAUGUAUCAACACCCAGAGAGCUCAGUUGGUUGAGCAUCGGUGCUUGGGUUUGAUGUCCAACACCAUUGUUAAAAAAAAGUAGUCAACCAAUGUUGUAGUAGUAUGUAUGCCAGGACAGAGGGUGUACAGCCAUGCUAGUGGGUUUGUAAGCCCGUACUUCACAGUGGCACUUUGGGCUGAAUGCUAACAUAUUAACAUGCUAACAAUGCCAACGUGCCGAUGUUUAGCCGGUAAUGUUUACAAUGUUCACUAUCAAAGUGUAGCGUGUUAGCAUGCCAGCAUUUGCUAAUUAGCACAAAACCCUAAUGUAUAGCUGAGGCUGAUGGAGAUGUCCAAAGACAAACCUGAUGACGACACCAGUUGAAAAGUUAAGUGAACACCAAAGUCAUAACCGUCCAUCCUCAGGGGCACAUGGAUGUCUGUCCAAAAUGUGGUGACAAUCCUCCCAGUAAUUAUCAAGACAUUUCAAUUAUAAACCAAAAAUGUCAACCUCCUGCUGGCACUACAGGGGAAGUCAGAGGAUCAUUGGGAUUCAUCCUCUGGGUACCAUGAAUGUCUGAUCAAAAUGUUGUGGCAAUCCAAUAGUUGUUGAGAUAAAUCAGUCUUGACCAAAGUGGUGGACUGACCCACCUACCGACAAGAGCUACAUCACUAGAAUGGCUACGAAAAUAGAUACAUCAGGAUUUGUCAUCCCCAUGAUUACUGUCUGAAUCUGAUACAACAUACACUGUACCUUGUUGCAUUGAAAAAAUCGGAGUAAAUGCUUCUUAUUCAUCCCAAUGAUCCUACUAUGUUUCCUUUUUCAUUCUAGGAUCCUGCUGGCAUCUUUGAGCUGGUUGAGCUGGUGGGAACUGGCACCUAUGGGCAGGUGUACAAGGGUCGCCAUGUUAAGACAGGGCAGCUGGCAGCCAUCAAGGUCAUGGAUGUCACCGGGGAUGAGGAAGAGGAGAUUAAAGCUGAAAUUAACAUGCUGAAGAAGUACAGUCACCAUCGGAACAUCGCCACCUACUAUGGAGCGUUCAUCAAGAAAAACCCCCAUGGCAUAGAUGACCAGCUAUGGCUGGUCAUGGAAUUCUGUGGAGCCGGCUCAGUGACGGACUUGAUCAAGAACACCAAGGGCAACUCUCUGAAAGAGGAGUGGACCGCUUACAUCUGCCGAGAGAUUCUCAGGGGUCUGACUCAUCUCCAUCAGCACAAGGUCAUCCACAGAGACAUCAAGGGACAGAACGUCCUGCUGACUGAGAACGCAGAGGUCAAACUAGUGGACUUUGGUGUGUCAGCCCAGUUGGACAGAACAGUAGGAAGGAGGAACACGUUUAUCGGGACGCCCUACUGGAUGGCACCGGAGGUUAUCGCCUGUGACGAGAACCCUGAAGCCACGUACGACUUCAAGAGUGAUUUAUGGUCACUGGGAAUCACAGCACUAGAGAUGGCUGAAGGAGCACCACCACUGUGUGAUAUGCACCCAAUGAGAGCUCUCUUCCUCAUCCCGCGCAAUCCUGCCCCCAGACUCAAGUCAAAGAAGUGGUCCAAGAAGUUCCAGUCGUUCAUAGAGAGCUGUCUGGUGAAGAGCCACGGCCAGAGACCCAGCACAGAGCAGCUCCUCAAGCACCCGUUCAUCAAAGACCUGCCCAACGAGAGGCAGAUCCGCAUCCAACUGAAGGACCACAUCGACCGCACCAAGAAGAAGAGAGGAGAGAGGGAUGAGACAGAGUAUGAGUACAGCGGCAGUGAAGAGGAGGACGAAGAAGGAGAAAUGGGUGAACCAAGCUCCAUCAUCAACGGCCCCGGAGAGUCGACCCUGAGGCGGGACUUCCUGCGCCUCCAGCUGGCCAACAAGGAGCGAUCGGAAGCGCAGCGGCGGCAGCAGCAGCAGCAGCUGGAGCAACAGCAGAAUGAGGAGCACAAGCGCCUACUGUUGGCCGAGAGACAGAAACGCAUCGAGGAGCAGAAGGUGCAGAGGAGGCGGCUAGAGGAGCACCAGCAGCGAGAGCGAGAGCUGAGGAAGCAGCAGGAGAGGGAACAGAGGAGGCGCUAUGAGGAAAUGGAGCAGCUCCGUAGAGAGGAGGAGAGGAGGCAUGCGGAGAGAGAACAGGAGUAUAUCCGUAGACAGCUGGAGGAGGAACAGAGGCAGUUAGAGAUUCUCCAGCAGCAGCUACUACAAGAACAGGCGUUACUGAUGGAGUACAAGCGUAAGCAGAUAGAGGAGCAGCGGCAGGCGGAGCGGCUGCAGAGGCAGCUCCAUCAGGAGAGAGCCUACCUGGUGUCUCUACAGCAGCAGCAGCAACAACAGCAGCAGGAGGGAAGGCAAGCAGAGAAGAAACCGCUUUACCACUACAAAGAUAUCAGCAAUCCUAACGACAAGCCUGCCUGGGCCAAAGAGGUCCCGAAGCAGCAGCAGCAUGUUCAGAGUAACCCGCCCCGCCCCCAACUACAACACCACCAGUCAUUCAACCAACCGGCUUCAUCCCCUGGGUCUCACGGCCAACAGAGAGCUCAGGCACCUAGGCGAACCCAGUCCCGAGUUGCCCAGCUCCUCCCCACCCGCAUCCCCAAUAUACGUAUUUCACUAGACCCCGGUGAGCCCCUAGAUCCGGGCCUGAAGCAGGAGAUAAGUCAGCAGGUCAGAGAGUUUAGGGCUCAGAAACUCAGUUCUAGGAGCUGCAGCCCGGGGCCCAUCCAGGAAAACAGCCAGGCUCCUGGCCAAGGGCCCCGUAAGGGGCCUAGCAAGAGUCAUAAAGAGCAUUCUAAUCAAGGGCCAGUCAGCCAGUCUAAUCCAGUACCCAACUCAUAUCCUCUGGGACCUCAGAAAGAGAAGCCAAGAGACUGGCUUCUCUCUGCCCCCAGUCAGUCAGCCAUCCAGGGGCUAAUGCCUCUAGACCUACAGUUUGCCCUACAACAUCAUCCUCAGUCGCCAGGACAGGUCCAGGGACCUCAGUCUGGAUCUAAUACUGUAUCCAUCCCUGCGGUCAAACUGGUGGAGGAUCGAUCUAAGCUGAACAGACAGAGCUCCCCAGCGCUGCAGCACAAAGUGUCCAACCGCAUCUCCGACCCCUCCCUCCCUCCCCGCUCCGAGUCCUUCAGCAGUGGGGGCAUGCAGCCCGCCCGCACCCCACCCAUCCACCGCUCCAUCGAACCACAGAUGGCUCACCUGGUUCCAGUGAAGACCCACUCCGGCUCCAUGUCCGGCUCUCAGUCUCUGCAGGACCAGACUGGCUCAGCUCUGAGUGAGGGCCUUAGCGUGGGCUCCCCCAGGCCCGAGAUGCCCCGCCAGAACUCAGACCCCACUUCUGACACCCCCGGACCCCCGCUGCGCAUCCCAGGCAGAGAGGAACGGGACAGAGACAGGGAUCGGGACAGGACCGCCUGGCUGAGAGAGGAGGACCUUCCACCCAAGGUCCCCCAGAGGACCACUUCUAUCUCCCCGGCCUUGGUCAGGAAGAAUUCCCCUAAUGGAGGAGUGGGUCUGGGCCCUCGCACAGGUUCUCAACUCAUACGGACCAGUAACCCAGACCUACGGCGCUCCGAGCUCUCUCUGGACGCCAUGCUGCAAAGAACUUCCUCCAACUCAUCAUCCUCCUCCUCCCCUUCAUCUCAGGGAGGCUCAGCCGAGAGGAGAGGUCGAGCCAAGCAGGAAGGAUCCCCUCCAGGAGCCAAUCAGGAGGCAAAGCCCAAACAGGAGGAGGGCCGGGAAUCAGCCAGACCCAGCAGACCUGCAAGCUAUAAGAAAGCCAUAGAUGAGGAGGAGCUGGACCUAAGUGCAUUGGCUAAGGAACUCAGAGAAUUGAGGGUAGAGGAGGGCAGCAGACCUCCAGUCAAGGUGACGGACUACUCGUCCUCUAGUGAAGAUUCAGAGAGCAGCGAUGAGGACGGGGAGACGGUGGGCCAUGAUGGGACUGUCGCUGUUAGCGACAUCCCCCGCAUCAUGCCAGCAAUGCAGAGCAGCGGCGAGUCGUAUGGAGGGCUGACAGAGGACUCUCUGGGAGAUGCCUAUAAUAGCUCCAAGGACGGCACUCUAGUGAUGAGAGAGGCAGAGGAGAGGAGGAGAGGGGGCCACACCGAGAGCAAUGGGUUCGGGAAUCACGGUAACCUCCCUGACCUGGUGCAGCAGAGCAAGUCUCCCUCAGUCACACCCCCCUCAGCCCUGCAGGAACUGGGCGACAUGGCUGAGUUUGGUCUGGGCGGGUCCAAAGCGUCCUUCACCCCAUUCGUUGAUCCACGUGUCUAUCAAACCUCCCCGAGUGAAAACGACGACGACGAGAACUCAGCCGAAGCCAUGUUUGGUAAUGAGCUGCAGAGGCAGGAGCAGGCCAGACUAAAUGAAGCCAGAAAGAUCUCUGUGGUCAAUGUCAACCCGACCAACAUCCGACCCCACAGUGACACACCAGAGAUCCGCAAAUACAAGAAACGCUUCAACUCUGAGAUCCUGUGUGCUGCACUCUGGGGCGUGAACCUGCUGGUGGGGACAGAGAAUGGUCUUAUGCUACUUGACCGAAGUGGACAGGGAAAAGUCUAUAACCUGAUCACCAGACGGCGCUUCCUACAGAUGGAUGUGCUGGAGGGGCUCAAUGUGCUCGUCACCAUAUCUGGGAAAAAGAAUAAGUUGCGUGUCUACUACUUGUCCUGGCUGAGAAACAGAAUAUUACACAACGACCCGGAAGUAGAGAAGAAGCAGGGAUGGAUUACAGUUGGGGAGCUGGAGGGCUGUGUGCAUUAUAAAGUUGUCAAAUAUGAGAGGAUUAAGUUCCUGGUGAUUGCUCUGAAGAACUCUGUGGAAAUCUAUGCCUGGGCUCCGAAACCCUACCACAAGUUCAUGGCCUUUAAGUCAUUCACUGAGUUGCACCACCGUCCCCAGCUGGUUGACCUGACGGUGGAGGAAGGUCAGAGGUUAAAGGUCAUCUACGGCUCCAGCGUGGGCUUCCAUGUCAUCGACGUGGACUCAGGCAACCCUUACGACAUCUACAUCCCCUCGCAUUGUGCCAAACAGAUGAAGAUCCAGAGCCAGGUGACGCCCCAUGCCAUCGUGGUGCUCCCUAAAACUGAUGGAAUGGAGAUGCUGCUGUGUUACGAGGACGAGGGCGUCUACGUCAACACCUACGGGCGAAUCACCAAGGACGUGGUGCUACAGUGGGGAGAGAUGCCUACCUCUGUUGCCUACAUCCACUCGAAUCAGAUUAUGGGCUGGGGUGAGAAAGCCAUAGAGAUCCGCUCUGUGGAGACCGGUCAUCUGGAUGGAGUCUUUAUGCACAAGAGAGCCCAGAGACUCAAAUUCCUUUGUGAGCGGAACGACAAGGUAUUCUUUGCUUCGGUGCGUUCGGGAGGUAGCAGCCAAGUUUUCUUCAUGACCCUCAACAGAAACUCUAUGAUGAACUGGUGAGGGCUCUUCCCACUGUCCACUCUGCCUCACUCUCCAAUUGGCCUGCCCGGCCGCACACCUUGGCCCACGGCACUCCUCUCACAAACGAACCAGAUUGACCGAGAAGCCACAAGUGAAGUCUUUUAACACUCGAGAGACUAAAACCACGUAGGACAACAAAAGAAGUUAUCGUAGAGAAAAAAACAACAAAGAUCUUUUCUAAACGAAGAGCCAUGGCGCCCUAGAUUGUGUCGGGUGAUGCAGAAGCCACCGUCUCUCAACUGACUGGCAAACUGGUGCCACUGACUUUCCAAAUAUUCUCUUCCUCCGUCUGUAACUGCAUUCAAGUGUUAAACUGUUGUAGAAAUACACUCAAAAAAACGCCGGCCUCCUCCUGUCUCUUCUCUUCUUCCCUUUGUCCCCCCUUCUUAAUCCUCUACUACUAGAUCUAGUCAUCACUUUUUCAAUCCUUUGACACCUAUGUCCUCCGUUUUCCUCACUUCCUAUCUGCCAUAGGUGGGCUUGUUCCCGGAGAACUUACACCUCAGAGGUCGGAGGAAAAGAUGAAUAAGAUUUAAUAUAAAUUCAAAUUUAUACUUUUGAAUAUGACAGGGCAGCUGAGGGAUGACAAAUCGACUCUGGGUGUCGGCGGUGAAAGCAGACAGCCUGAUAGAUUUUCAUUCACCCGAGUCACUCCCCUUCUCCUCCUCCACUUCCUCUUCUCGCCAUCGUUUCGGGCCCCGAGUAAACCGAAUUGUGAUUUAGUGUUCGAUCGCAUUUCGCUGAUCGAGAUGCCGUGAGACAAUCUGCUGUCACAGGUUGUCACAGUAUGCAAAGAUGAUGUCUGUGUCCCUUUAAAACAAAAUCACUGGCCCGUCCCUAUUUCCUAUUUCCAUCCUCCUGUCACCGCCACCCCAUCGUCAUCAUCACUCCCAACUCCCUGUUUUCACUCUGACGUCUUUAAACUCUGAAGGUGCUGCAUCAGAUAUACUGUAAUAUUAAAUGAACAAUGAGAGCGUCAUUCUGUUCAUUCUUUUUUAUUUCUGUUCUUUUCUUUUUCUGUGACUGAGUCAGUCGGUCUUUGAAGCGUGAUGAAAUGUACAGCAUAUCUGUGUUUCUGAAAUCAGGAGUGUAUGUCAAUGUGUGUGUUAGUGUGUUAGUGUGUGCGUGUGUGUUUGACUUGGUGUUGAAACGAGUCCCAUUCAAAUCAAGUUUGAAUCAAAGUGGUACAUUAAAACCAAUGUCCAAAAAAAAGAGAGAAGUAAUUCAGUCUAUGUGCGUGAACUUUUAGCUGAAUGUGAUCAAAGCAACAUUGAGUGUGUUUACAUGCAGAUCUAUGGUAUUAUCUUCUUAGUAUGAGGUUUUUGAGUUGGUGUGUCUGAACAUCAAGCAUUUAAAGAUUGGCAAUAUUGGUGGUUGAUUGAUGGAAGUGUUUUGCCGUUUUGGCUAUUUACAAAUACAGCCAUGCUGCUGUAGGGAAUAUGAAGAUGCUUAUCCUGAAUUGAACCUCAACAGAAUAUGACCUGCAAUCCCGAACACUGUGUGCAUGUGAAAGAUCUCAUUAUUGAAAGCUGUGGUGUCCUUUUGAAUCAUGCUCUUCCCUGAUUGGUCCUUCUGAGUUUGGCUCCUUCCUGUUUGUACAGUGCCUAGCAUGAUGUAAGCAAAACAAAAAUGGAGGUCAAAAGAUUAUCGCUGAUGUUAUAAUUAAUCAUUUUAUUUCCUAUACAGUUAAUUGACACAGUUUUUAUUCGUGUGUGUGUGUGUUAUUGUCUAAUUUAACACGUUGCUGAUGUUAUUUGUCUCUUCUAAUUGACAUAUAAGUUAACACAUUUAAGACUUGAUUUAUUCUUUGAAAGGAUUAACUGAGUAUGGUAUGAUAAAAUCGUGCAAUUUCUUUCUUAAUACUUUAUCUCUCUAUCAUUAAUUCAUACCGUAUUAAAUGUGUAACACUGAGGGUGGACUAGUUUAUGCAUACUCAUCCACAUUGGAGAGCACUGUAAUGCAGAUUAGUCUUUUUUCUGGUGGAUAUACUGCAGUUUUGGCCUGCCAUGUUGGCCUAUGGUUAGCAAACGUAAGGUGACACAAAGAGACUCAAUGAAUUAAAUCAAGUUUUCCUUCUGUUAAAUUAUAAUUUUUUUAAAUUCAGUUACAUUUUCAAGGACUUUUUACACAUCCACACAGUAGCUGCUCCUGCACAGCUGCAAGUAAGGUUCACCGAUCUCUGUUAGGGGGAAGCAGGCUAACAUGUUAACAAUAAAUAGCCGAGCUGAAGAAAACCACUGUCUUCCCUGUGUGUGCACGCAUGCAGUUGUGUGUAUGAUUAAUGAGCAAGUGUGAAUCGGGCAUUAUUAUUAUUUUUAUGUUUGUCUAUCACAGAAUUCACUCUUCCCAUUGGAAAAGGCUGACGGUCAUUAUACUGAGGACUCUCCUUUCAAAGACGAAACCACUGUAUUCUUAAUUCUGUUUAUUUCUUGUUUUCUUUAUUUUGAAAGAGCA